AUGAAGCGCAGCCUGUCACAACUCGAGACUCUAAUUUUCACUCGCUUGGCCGCAAAUAUACCGGUUCAUGUUCGAGUUGCGGGAUGCCGUGGUACAAAGGGGGAUGGAAGUUAUCAGUUUGAUGAGGGAGAGCUGAGCGACAUUUCAUUUCGUUUGAAAGCUUAUACUACAAUCACCGUUAUUUUGAAUUGCUUCAAGAAAGAAUUGCUUCUAAACUGGAUUGCAAUAACGGACCUUUGGUCUAAUUAUGUUUGGUUCGGGGCAUUUGUUUUGAUCCUUGCAUUGAUUCGUUUCCUCAAUGUAUUAAGCUAUCCAGAAAAGCCUGAGGUAACGUAUAUGCGAAAAACAACACUUGGCAAGAAUCAUACAUUGAUCGGUGACAUGCUAGAACGAUGUCCCAUUCUGAACGAAAUUUACUCGCCGCCGUUACUGUGGGGCCGAAGUGGUCAUUUGCAAACGGCAUCAUACGGACUGUUCGGUCAUGCAUCACUCAUCCGAACCUAUGACUGCCGGCAUGUUGUGAAAUUAAGUGAUGGUACAUCAGUUGUAUUCGAUGUUUUCGAACCUGUUAAGCUACAUCCUUCCAAAAAAGACCUAACAUUAGCUCUAUGUCCGGGCAUUGCGAAUACGAGUGAAUCAAAUUACAUUCGCACUUGCGUUCAUUAUGCACAAGAAAAUGGAUUUCGCUGUGCAGUACUGAAUCAUCUCGGUGCGCUGAAGCACGUCCCACUCACAUCAAAUCGUAUAUUUUCUUAUGGUAGAGUGUUCUUUUUUAAAGGUGGUACUGAAGAAAUGGAGGAGAUGAUGGCACAUUUGCAUGAUUUAUAUCCAUCUACUCGUUUCUUUUGCAUUGGUUUCAGUAUGGGUGGGAACAUAGCCACACGCAUGAUAGCUAAAUUGUCAUCUGAUGGUUUGCAGCAUCGAAUUAUUGCUGGACUUUCCGUUGCACAGGGAUAUUGUGCUACAUCGUCACUUUCGCUGUAUCAUAGUUGGGAGAAUGGUCGUCGUGCGUAUAACUACUUAAUAACGGAGAAUAUGAAACGCCUGCUAAGGAGAAACUACGAUAUGGCAGUAGCACCGCACGUCAAAACGGGUUUAAUAAAUGAGCAGCACUUGUGGGCAGCAACAUCAAUAAUGGCAUUGGAUGACUCAUACACUCGCCGUAUACUCGGUUACGAGAAUGUUGAGGAAUUUUAUCUUGACAUCAGCUCCUUAUCAGUUUUCAUGAAUGCGUUGGAUGAUCCGCUAAUACCACCUUGUCUUUGGCAUCCGGUUCGAGAAUUAGCUGCAACAAAUGAACAUUUUGGCUUCGUUCUCACGAAACACGGUGGGCAUCUUGGCUUCCUGGAAGGUAAUGGCAUUGCUCCAAAUUCUGUCACUUGGCUGGAUCGUUUUAUUAUUGAACUUGCCAAUUCGGUUGUUAUAACAUAUGAUAGUGAAUAA